AUGUGCUUUUUCAAAAGCGAGGAACAACAUCUUCGCGGCCAGAAUGCAUGGAAGUACCGCCACACCAAUUUUGUGUUCAACAACGCAGGGGGCCAAUACAUCGAGCGAAAGGGUGCGGAUGCCCUCAGAGCCGGUAUUCCCGGUAGAGGCCCCCUCUAUGAGCAUGGACCGAUGAGAUCUCAUGCUAUCACGCAUAGAAAUAGGCCCAGGGACGACCACACUGCCUCACCCACCUUCGAAAAGGUCAACUGGAGUGGUGAUGGAAACGGGGCCGACCAGUUGCGAAGGGUAUCUCCACUGGGUUCGGUUCGUUCCGAGUGCCAUAGCCCCGAGCCUGUCUUCAAGAAGGUUGACUGGAACGCCAAGGGGAAUCCGGUACGAUCGGCAUCUCCUCUCGGUACGACUUCUCGGCUCUCGGCGGGACCUCGCGACGCUCCCAUGAUCGAUACGCACAAGCUUGACAAUAUCAAGGAGGAGGGCCAGGGAAGGGCCCCUUCCGGCAGCCAGAAAACUCAAGACCUAGAAAGAGGAUGCUAA